GGGGGUUCUUAGCCGAGCGGCGGAGGCGGCUGCUGAGUCUUGGUGGUGGUGAGCUUGGCUUCGGGGUUGGUGCUCGUUUCGGCGCUUGGACCCUGCAGGCUGUAGCCCUUGUUGUUGUGGCCGUCGUCGUCGUUGUUGCUUUCUCGGCCGGUUGUGUUCCGCGUUUGUUGUGUGUGUGUGGCGGAGCUCGGGUUGUCCCGGUGCCUGGGGCCGCUGCACAAGCUGCCGGGUAACCCGGGGAGCGGUUGAGUGUCCUCUUGCCAUUCCCCAACACAAACUUUUCCCUUUAAUUUCCCUACCUACUCCGCCAGACGCCUAACAAGCAAGAUUAGGUGCCUUGUUGCCUUUUCAGGCAUGGAUAAAAAAUGGAGUGAAGAAAAAGAGCAAGUAAAUGAUAUAGUAAACAUGUGUGGCAAGAAGAAACCAUAUAGAUAUUCAAAGGAAAAGCUACUUGAAAUCAAAGAGUAUCCAUAUGCAAAACAAAGACCAGCAUGUCUUUUGGAAAAAUAUGACAGUGAAGGCAUCUGGGAUCCUGAAAAGUGGCAUGCAUCCUUGUAUCCCAAUUCUGGCAGGAAUUCUCCACUGGAUGGAACUAAGAAGGACUGUGCUUCAGAUUUGGAGAGAGCAGUUCUCAAGCGAAGAAUUGCAGAUCCACGAGAGAGAAUAAAGGAAGAAGAUCUUGAUGUUGUACUCAGUCCUCAGCGCCGAAGCUUUGGUGGUGGCUGUCAUGUGACCAAUACUUCCAAUAGUCGACAAUCUGGAAGCCCAUUGGAAAACAAAGAGAAUGAAAAUAUUCGCGGGUUGGGUUGCCAGCGGAGAAUUGGAAGUGGACGUAUAAUAACAUCUAGAGCGUUUGAUCGGGAUGGCAGAGACAAAGACUUGCGUGACAGAGAUGCUAGAGAAGGAAGGGAACGAGACUACAAGGAAAAGCGCUUUAGGAGAGAGUUUGGUGAUGGCAAACGUGUUUUUGGUGAGCGGAGGCGAUGUGAUUCCUACACAGAAGAGGAGCCUGAAUGGUUUUCUGCUGGCCCUACUAGCCAGUCAGAAACAAUAGAACUGACAGGUUUUGAUGAUAAAGUGCUAUUGGAGGAUCCAAGACGUGCAAAGAGGUGGAGAAAGCGAUCAGAAACCCUUAAAGAAGGUGUAGAGUGCAAUGGUGCUGCCCAAGCAGAGAUGCCUAUUGUUUCUGCAUCAGAAGCUGACCAAGAAGUUCCCCAGGAAGCAGUCCUGCCUGAACCUUCAUUAGGGGACUUUGAUUUCAAUGAGUUCUUCAACAUGGAGAAAAGUGUACCUGGACUAGCAUCGAUGAUUGAAGAGGUGCUUGGAGAAGGAUCAGUGUCAUCCAGCCGGUUCAGUCAGUGGUUUUCGAGCAACUUAAGUAGACCAGGUAGUCGCUCCAGUAGCCUGCGGUCUACCCCACAUGAAGAACUUGAGAAGCUUGCUGGUCUGGAGCAAAGGAUCCCAACUCCUGUUUCACAGCUUGGAAACUACUUUGCUCCCAUUCCAUCACGAGAAGAUAACAAGGAGAUUAAUAAAAAGGUUGAUAUUUUAGAAAUACUGCGAAAAGCAAAUGUGGAUGUGAAACCACUGCUGUCCAGUCUUACUGCCAACAAGGAGAAACUAAAGGAGAGUUCACAGACUGGAGUGGUUUUGUCUGUUGAAGAGGUGGAAGCAGAACUGAAAGGUCUCAAAGUGGAAUCUGAGAGGAAGCUUGCCACACCAUUCAUGGUGGAACAUCUGGAACAGACUCUGACUGCAUCAUCUGGUCCCAAACAAAUACAAAAAAAAGACACAGAUAUGACUGCUUUCAAUAAGUUAGUUAAUAGUAUGAAGGCAAGUGGAACUUUGCCUUUGCAAUCAAAGCCCCCUGAAAUUCUACCGCCCCCUGUAAUGGGGCCUCCAUCCCCAGAUAUUCUAGGUGACUUGCUGGGCAGUCAGAAUCAUCACACACCAGUCCUUAAUCAGCAAGGCCAUUCGUCCCCCAUACCAGCAUUCCAGCAGCCAUCCCCUUCGGAGUUCUUCAGAGUCAAGUCUCCAAUUGGUUAUCCCCAAAAUUCUACCCACAUUCAAGAUCACUAUCAAGGACUGCCACUGUCAAAAAAUGUAUCUCCUAUUCCACAGGCUGAUAGUCCAUCCCAACUGGAUAUGCGACAGGGAGCCAUGGAACGGCUUCCUUUUGCACAAGAUCUGCAUGUGCCUGGUGGGGAAGUUUACCAACCUGGAUUUGGGAAAAUCCACCACGAACACAGGGAUAGCUACAGUGUCAGGCAGCAGCGAAUUCGUUCACCUGGGCCACCUAGUCAGCAUAGAUUGAAUGCAGCAUCACCAUCACAGGCCUCCUCAUUCACAAACAUGCUUUCUCCAUCAUUCACUCCUACCUCAGUAAUCCGAAAGAUGUUUGAAAGUAAAGACAAGUUCAAGGAUGGGAAGGAAACUCAUCCAGUGAAGGACCUUGUGGAGGAUAGACAUGGCCUAAUGGAAGGCCAUUUGUCACCUGGUUCUCAACAGGAAAACACAAAUCGAGGAGCAUCUCCUAUAGGAGGGGCAAGGUCAACAUACCACAGGUCUGCAUGUACAACUCCUCAGUUAAACCAGAUGCGUUUCACAAAAGACCAAGACUAUAGACCUAGAUCUACAGGAAGGAAAACUCCAACUGGGGCUUCUCCAGUUCCUGGGUCUUCAUUUCCUCGACUCAUUUGUCCUCUAUCCCUCAUGUCACAUGUACCACUUGUGCGUCAGUCUCCUCACUUGCCUCCUGGGGUAGUUCAGAGGAUGCUGGCACAAAGCGGUUCACCACAACAGCUACAACCAGCAUUACUUCAUGCAGGUAUGUUUCAGUCGGGUGUGGAUCUAUCACAUUUGCAAAGCCUUCCUCCAACUCUCCUUGGACAGACUUUCUACCCUCUUCCAGCAAGUGGCCUCCCUCUCCUGAAUCCUCGAGCUGCAAUCUCUGCAGCACAGGUUCAGGCAUCUGGGACAUCCCUGCAGCAUCUGGCCAUGAUAAGACAAGUGUUGCAGUCACCAAGUACAAGUGGCCAAGGACCUGGAGCACAUCUACACCUAAACCAGCCGAAUUCGACACUGCAACCUCUCCAUCAGAGAAGUGGAUCCCCUGUCAAUCUCUCCAAGUGGUUUGGCAGUGAUGUCCUUCAACAACCAUUGCCAUCUAUGCCUAGUAAAGUGAUCAGUGUGGAUGAACUUGAACUCCAUCAGUAGAAAUGUGGCAAAGUAAAAUGUAUGAAAAGAUGGGAGUUUUUAAGAGGGAGCUGCAGGCAUCAAAGUACUAGGGGAGUGGUCCGGAAAGUGGAUUUGUUUGUUACCCAAUGUUUCCUGAGCCCCUUGACUGGAAAAAGUGCUACUUGGGAGUAACUAAACCCAACAGUAAGAUAAGUGGAGGAAAACUUGAUCAGUUGAUUUGUGGCAAAUGCCUGUCUGGAACACUGGAUACUUUUAAGGAUCCAGUAAACUCUCUUAUAGAAGAAAAAAGUGAUUUUUUUUUUUGGAGGGGCUUUACAAUUGUAGGCCACCAUGAGAAUUGUAUAGACCUUGUGUACAGAAACUUGUGUAAAAUAACAUCUGUACAUAUGCAGUGGGAGACUGUACAUAAAAAUGCUGGAAGGAUGAAUGCAAUGACUUGUAAACCAGUUUUGCUGAAAUUUUGUAUCUUUUGUGCAAUUUUGCAGCAUGAAUAUUUUUAAUUUCCAAUGCACUACAUGGUUCCUGAGCAGGCCUGUGAACAUUGACCAGUAGGUAGUAACUGAGCAGACAACUCUGUACUGGGAAUAUUGUGUAUAUACUAGAUUUGAAUUAAUGCUGGGAGUAGCAAAUGGAAGAAAACACUGUAAACCUUUUUGUUGAAAAAUCUAGGUCAGAUUGGAUCCAAUUGAUUGUUAUGGGGCUAGGACCCAAGUCUUCAGCAUCAAGUCAUCCAUGGUCAUCUGGUUGAUUCUGAUGUCCACAAAUUCCGUUUGGGUUGAAUUGGGGUGGGGGGGGGGGGAUGUAGGCUUGAAUUUGUAACUUUCAUUUUGCAAAAAGAUGGCUGAGUGAGUUGUAAAUUUGCUUACCAUUUGGGCACAAGCCCCUCAGCACCCAUAAGAUGUUGCCUCUAGUGUUCAGGAAGUAGUGUGGUUUCUUGUGCCUUUUUUUUUGUUCUGUGGCUAAAAAGGUUAUUUUCUCCUCCCUCUCCCAAACCAAUUUAAUGUACUGUCCCUUCUCUACACAGUAAAGCUCUGCUUUGCAUUGUUCAGUAAUGUGACCCAUGACUGCUGGAAUUCAUUGUUUUAGGGAAGGGAAAGCACAAAGAUUUUCAAAAGGAUAAUAAAAUAUGAAUUCAA